AUGCCUUCAGUCGACCCCUAGCCGUCGUCGUGGUUGCGCGUUUUUUUAGUGGUGCUGCUGCUUCUGCUACACCUCCGUAUUGUUGUUGUACUUUCUGGUGUGAAAUCACUCGGUGACCGUCGUUCGUUUGUUCGUUCGCUCGUUCGCAGCCUUUUGCAAAACCAUCAUCAUCGCAAGAGUCAAGGCGAGGGCAAUCCCGUCGUGAAACUUUUGUGAGGAAACAGAAUCUUCGGCGUAAUCUCGGUUGGUGGAAUUUCAAUCGCCCCCAGAGAGUGUGAAUACGCGGCCAAAGCCCAAAUAGGUUUGCAAGCUUGAGCAUCCUAAUCCUUACCCAGUGAGCGUAUCCUCCGAACGGGGAACUUCUUGUAUGUUCUGUGUGCCACCCGAAAUCGUUGAAGGGUUGAAGAAGUUUUAAAGAUUUGAACGCCUGGGAGUGACCACCCCCGCCCUACGUUCUCGACAGCAAAUGAAUAGAAACCUAAACAGUGAGUGCAGAUCGUGAUACGGUUUCGGAUGCUUUAAUCAUGCUAAGUGUUAAUCCAUUCAAUUUGUGAAUAGAGCACAGAAAGUGUUUGUGUUUAAUCAAACUGGAUUCAAGCGAGAACCCUGCGGCACGCGAAAGAUGUGCUAGCAUCCCUUCCAGCCGUCUCCGUGAAAAGAUGAUUGUGCGUCAGUGGCAGGUGUGAAGAGGUUGUGGCUGCUUAGAGAAGAGAAGAGAUUGUGAGCCUACGGAACGUUAUGGGUCAUAGUCCGUAGUGCGCAAGGAGACGAAGACGUGCAGACGUGUACCGUCACCAGACAGACGAGACCGGAAGUUUUCUAAACGAUUUAGGCGUCUUGUGCGUGGUGAUGCUGCAGGAAGAAUUUAUAGCGUACUUCUCAUAAUGACGUAAACCGAGCAAACCAGUGCAUAGCUCUUGGUUCACGUUUUCAGGACGCUAAUCCGUCCGUCGAUGUAACAAGAAUUGAUACACAACCGUACCCAAGUGAAUUGUGAAACCGUUCCAGUGCAUUUUUAUACCAGUUAAUCUCAAGAGAUCAAGAUAUCAAUAGUGUAGUGUCGUACAUUGUGCCAGCAAAAUGAUGGACGCAUCGGCAGUGGAAGCCCGCGGCUGGUACGACAACCAGCGGCUGGCGGCAGAAAGUUCGCUCGGGCCGUCGGCAGCUGCAGCGGCGGCCGCGGCCGUUUCCCUCGGGCAGCAAUCCUCGGUCGGGACCGGUAUCGGUGGCGGCGGAAUCGAUUCCUCGGACAUGAAUGCGUUCUAUCGAUUCGAGAACAGCAGUGCAGCAGCCGCCGCCGCCCACCGCCGCUACUACCCGACCGGAUACGGAACCCACGCUUCUCGAAUGUCCCCGCAUAUGACCCCGCAAGUGUGCAGGCCGCACUUCCCGAGUCCCCUGUCCUGGUUCAACGAGUCCACCAAGCCGUUCGCUGCGAGCGGUAGUUGGAGUAGUCCCUUCACGUGUCCGCAGGAUCCGCAGGACAGCAAACAGGCGGCACAGCUCCAGAGUAGCCAGAGUGCGGCAGCCGCCGGUCAGCAUCUAUUCUCGUUCCCGCCAACCCCACCGAAGGACUCUACGCCGGAUUCGGUACAGACGCCCAACGAAUACCAAACCAGCCUGAACAGCUUCAUGCACCAGAGCCAAACAACGUCCAGUGCGCUGAGCGCGGCAGCCUCGGCCUCGAACAACAACAACUCCAGCCUGUCGUCCCAAUCCGGAGGUGGUGCGGACAACUGUGGCCUGGACGUCAAACCCUGCCUGUCGGUGAGCGGCCUUGGAGACCGAAGUGGGUCCGAGGUCGAACAAAAUCAGCCAAAACAUCGGGAAGGUACGACCAACAACAACAACAACUCCAGUUCCACCUCCAACAGUACCAGUAAUAGUCACGGCCAGUACCAGAACUCGGCCAAUUCGUUCAGCAUGUUCGAUCAGGGCGGCGGCCAUGUGGGACACGGCGGCCUCAGCGGAAGUAGUGGCGGGUACGAUCACACCGGCUACGGGUUCCACCAGUCGUCAUCCGGCCACGGCAUCGGCGGAGGUGGAGGCGGAAGUGGCGGUGGCGGCGGCGGAGGUGGAAACGGUGCUGGAUCGUACUCCCAAAGUUCCCGGCCACCGGGUCUCAUGAACAGCUCCCACAUGAAGGCGCAACGGGCCAAAGUCAAAUCCAGUGCCGAAGGUCGAGAGUGCGUCAAUUGCGGUGCCACGUCAACGCCCCUAUGGCGGCGGGACGCCACCGGACACUACCUGUGCAAUGCCUGCGGACUGUACUACAAGAUGAACGGCCAGAAUAGGCCGCUAAUCAAGCCGAAACGGAAACCAGUUACCUCCCAACAGAGCGCUGCCCGGCGGGCGGGAACUUCUUGUGCAAACUGCAAAACCACAACCACAUCGCUGUGGAGGAGGAACCAAAGCGGAGAACCAGUUUGCAAUGCCUGUGGACUGUACUACAAGUUGCAUAACGUGGACCGACCACUGACGAUGAAAAAAGAAGGAAUCCAGACGAGAAACCGUAAGCUGACGGCCAAGUCGAAGAAGCGAAAAUCCACGCCCGGCUAUAGUUUCUCCUUCGGCGAUCUCAUGAACCCGCUCGAUCACAACAAAUCCUUCCCGGGAGCGUUCCCUUCGGCGAUGGGUCAACACGCGCAUCUAUCCGGUGGACUGCAUCCGGCCCACUCGCACAUGCACAGCGGCUGGUACACGACCGGUCUCGGAUCGCUCGGCACCUCCGGCAGCCUGCAGAACGGCUUCAGCAGUACAGCCCCGCUGGGAACCGGUGCCGUGGCGCAUCCCCAGAGCUACCAUCUCGGGCUGAACUCUAUGAGUUGGCGGUCCGAGUACACGUGACUAAUGGGCCAAUAGGUUCCGUCGAGUUUCAACACCUACAGUAGUGGAAACAUGAUUAACAACACAACCCACAGCAGCAGUAACAGCAGUCACCACCACCACAACAACAACAACACACUAACUGGUGGUGCCGGCUGCAAUGGCAGUGAGUGGCCGCUGGCUUCAGCCUGGAUGUGAACUUACGUUUUAUGAACGACCGGAGAAAAAAAAACUGGCAGCACUUAUUUGGGAGAAACAACCCACAGCAAUACUUAUCUGUUAGGUUGAUAUUAAUUAGUACAAUUUAUAAGGGUUCAAUUUCGAACAAGUAAGUUGCAGGUUCUAGUUUGGAGUUGAAUGGAGUUUUUUUUUGUCGAUUUACUGUGAUGGGAAAACUGGGAGCACUGGAAGUUUGAAUCAUUUUUUUUUCUCGACACCCACAGCACCUAAACUAAACUAUAAAGGAGCAAACUGUCUAAAGUGACAGCAUAUCGAUAUGUAAAGUUACGACAGAAAUAUUGGCAACCCUGGCAAAGCUAAUCCACUGACGGACACUGGAUUUCGUUUUUUGGUUAAUCUUCCAAGCGGUGCGCAAUGCUGAUACCAGACCGCGCUUCGAUCGAUGUUUGAGGAGCGAUAAAUCAGUUGGAAAAUUACAACUAAAAUUUGACAAAAAUCGUUAAAAUUGGACUACAGGGCGGGUUUUUCAAAAAAAAAAAUUCACAAAUUUUAUUUUAAGAGUCAUGUCACUGUACUGCAGUGUAGUCAGCGAUUGGACCAUGACAACCUCAAUCAAUGAUCAACACUUCCCCGGAACGUAAAAUCGGACCAAAACUGGUCGGAAUUUUGUCCGAUCAACCCGUGAAUCGGUUAGAAAACAGGCCAGAAAACGCACCAAAUUCGGACUAGUUCAGUACCCUGGUGACACACUUUCUUGCCGACGAUAAGUUUUUCCGAGUGAGCUGUCAAAACAACUGGGUCGUUUCCAACUCAAAAUCGGAAAGUUUUCCUACCGAAAUCGGACAGUUUUCCAACCGAAAUCGGACAGUUUUCAGACCAAAUUUGGUCUAUUUUUCCCGGUCAAUUUUAGGCCGAUCGCCACGGGGAUUUCAAAAAGAAUUUAAAUUAAAAUGUUUGGUCUUAAAUUUUUUAUUUCUUUAUAAUUUUUUAACCAAAAAAAUUGUCUACACUAUUCGAUCACUAUUCAAAAUCCGGAACCCAAUCCGGAGUGUCUCUUAUCGUCUUACAAAUCGUCGGAAGUCCGGACUUCCGAAGUAAAGUUUAGGUGCGUUAAUAUUACUUUGAUUGAUCCAGAUUGAAAAGUCUGCCAGAAAUCGGUCUGAAUUUGGUCUCGUUCAGCCAGUGAAACCAGACGACGAUAUUUAUUUCUGUCAAUUCGACACUGUUUUACCCAGAUCGGAAAAUCGGACAGAAAUCGGACAAAAAUUGGUCCGGUUUUGGUUCCUUCAACCCGUGAAUCGGUCCGAAAAAAGUUAAGAAAACCAACCAAAUUCGGACCAAUUCAUUUCCCAGGUGACACAAGUUUCCUGACGACGCGAUGACCAAAACAAACUUUCAAAACUUUCCAGACCAAAUUUGGUCCGGAUUUCCAGACCAAAUUUGGUCCGAUUCCAGACUAAAAUUGGUCAGAUCUCAGUCCGUUUCUAGACGGUUUCGGGACCAAGUGUAAAAAAAAAUAUGACAUAUAAAAAAAAAAACUAUACGGUUGCUGUGAUUGAAACCGCGGUGAAAGGUUUCGAAAUUAGACGACGCGUCGCGACAUUUUUUUUGUUUUCAUCCCGGCCAAGAAAAACUGACCGAAUACAAACCAAAUCUGAACCGAUUUGAACUGUCAGGUCUAGUUUUCGACGCUGCUUUCAGAAGUAGGGAAAUGGUCCAGAAAAUCGGACGUUUUUAACUGACAAGCUUUGUAUUGACAAUAAUCGGGUCGUUAGCGAGACUCGCUCUGAUUGAACCAGUCUAAACUGUGUUGCCAAAUUUUGCAUAAUUCCAUCAACGGCACCCUUAAUUGAACGGUUAAUUUUCCGUUGCCUUCCUUCUCCAGAGUUCAAUGCACCUGUCCGAAAACCGAAUCACCAUCGGACAGUGAGUGUAAAUUUUUCGAAAAGUGACAGCUUGUAGCCCGGCAAUAAUUUAUAGACAAUCUGUCAUAAAUCAUCAAUAAACCAUUACGAUCCGCGUUUUUUUUCGUCUAUUUCAUUGCUGUUUUCGGCUCACAUUAGAUUACUCGACGUACGUAUGUACCUUCUCGUCGCAAUCGCCACAGCCUUCCAAGUCCAAGCAACAAAAACAAACUCAAAGCCACAUUUCACGGUAAUUGAAUUUUGACACUAACGAUCACAUUUCAAAGCAUCGCACGGGUUUUUUUCUCUUUCUUUUUUUUUGGAUAAAAAUUUUAUACCCACUUAGCAAAAUUCAACCUGCCAAAACAAUCACCCGGUAGAGACGCUCCAAGAAAAGAUAUGGCCACCCCGAACAUCACGCAUUGCAGUAGACCCGGGCCGGUGGAGAAAAUAUCAUCCGGAAGCAAGCGCGCGAACGCGCAAAAGAUCCGUGAAAUAUUUUCCAAUCGGAUUUUGGGGUAAGCAACGCGAAAAAAAAAACAGACGACCAACGAUAGACACUAGUUUAUCUGUUCGUUAGCGCAAAAUCCGCACCGAAUCCGUCAAAAAAUCUUGUUCCGGAAAUAAUGUUAGCCUUAUCAAAUCGGUGCCCCCCUUUAUCCCCCUUUUAAAAGCUGGCUUCUGCUUUGACAUAAACAACACACAGGUGUACUCCGAGUAUCAACCAAUAUCACGCUUUGCUGCUGUUCCGUUUUGCCAAGAGUUAUGGCUCCUGUUCAUCAUCAUUUUGCAAGGGGAGAUACCUCUACUUGCUCUUCUCUCUAGCCCAGUUCGCUCCACGUUUUCCCACCCUGGAAAUGCGUUAUUAGUUUUACCUUGUUUUCCCCAACUAUGAAAGCCGCGUGCACCACACACAAACUAACCGAACUAGUGUUGUUAAAUCGUGUAGAUUCUGACUUUUUCGAUAUCAACUUUUCUAACUGGGACACUCACCAAUACGAAACUGACAGCAUAAUUUUGAAAAUCGAAGUAGCUCAUGUGGAAAAAAACGCCAACCUAGUUGGUCUCUAUAAGGUUUGUUUACUAAUGAUCCCGAUCUUGACGAUACGGAGAAGUAGUUUUCCAAAAAAAAAUCCUCUAUUAAGAAACUGCAUUUUUAACAUUCGAUAACUUUUAGGAGUACAUCCCAGUCAGAAAAUUGUUUAACCAGCUUUUUUUUCGAGUAGUUUGAUUUGUCUCAAACUUGGUCCAUUUGAGUAUCGAAAACAUUUUCCAAUUCUAAAUAUUUUUAAAAAUUUGUCAACAUUCAUUCGGACAUUUCGUCACGAGAGAGAAAAUUUGGUUUCGAAAAAGUCAAAAACCAACCAAUUUCUAACUGUAGGAGUGAGAAAAAUCUAAAAAAAAAAUUUAAAAAAACUAUACACAAAAAAAACAAAACAUUACCCACCAGCGCAAAGUCGUACACGCGUGCGGAAGGACCGUGCUGGGAUCAUUAUUAGUUUCUGGUUUCCACGGCAGCACGGUUCCACGCUGUCGAUCUGUCGCUGUCGAAAAGUGCAAAGAUUUAGGUAGUUUAAUCGUACACACAAUAUAUAAGCUAUAAACGUAUUUGUAAAUAGAAAGAACAGAUUUUCUUUUGUUUUUUUCUAAUUUAAACACACUGAGGGAGAGUUUAUUUUUUUCCUAGUUUAAAAAACAAACAAACCGAGAAAAUGUAAAGUUAUAUUAAUUCUAUAUAUUUGUAAUAAAAUUAUUUGUUGUUAUGUAGCUCAAAAAUAAACAAAAAAAAACAAGCAGAAAAAAUCUUAUCGGGAUCGUAUAAGUUAGUUAGCACAAAUGAAGGAAAGGUUUUGAACGAACAGAAAUGUAAGAGACUGUUGCUAACACAAACAUAAAAUGUAAAUAAACACUCUAAAUCCAGAGAAACAGAACAGAACAAACAAAACCAAGUUGGUAGUUUUAGGUUUGCAGAACAAAACAGUAUCUUAUAAAUGUAAAUGUAUAUUAUUAUCUGAUAGUAAUCUAUUUUGUACAGUGUAUAUUUAAAAUGGAAUCAAAAACUGAAUGGACAAAUAGCUAUUAUAAAUGCGUGUAAAUACCAACAACCGAUGUAUGUAAACACAGGAUAAACAAUAGAAGCAAAGGAUUAAAAAAUAUGUCAAACGGUAGUGAAGCUCAAAAUGUCAAACAACAGAACGAGAGAUAGUGAAAAAAACACUCAAAGUCACACAGAUUUAAAAACAAAAAUACCGAACGUAAACACACAAAACAAAAACCAACCUAUUCUGUAUAAUCUAAAUCCCCUCUAGUGAGCAGAAACAAACAACCAACAUCAAAAACACUUCGAAAAUUGAAACAUUGAAAGAAGAAAACACACACACACACACACACACAUUUUAUGGGAAUAUGACUUCUUCUAAUUAAUUGGAAUGUGAACCCACUGCCAUACAAGAAAAUUUUUUAUUUAAAUAAUUGUUGUGAUCUAUUGUGAUAAGGAGACAUACAAAUAAAAACAAAAACAACAAAUGAAAUUGAAA